AUGGAUGAGGAUAUGUUUCUGUCUGCACUGCCUGGGGAAGAUGGUGCCACCUGGGAGCCCAGCCUGGAACCUGAGGAGGAACCUGGGGUCCAGAAUGGAAUGGCGUCCAGUGAGGACCUGAACAGUAGCCACACCAGCCCAGGGCAUGCAAUGAGGGGCACCCUGGCAGGCACCGAGGGGCAUACAAAAGGCCUGGACAUGGCCCUCCAUGGCCUCAGCCUUGGCCUUUCCCUCACCAAUGGCCUAGCCCUGGGGCCAGACUCAAACAUUCUGGAAGACUCUACAGAGCCCAGGCCCUGGAGGGCUGGUGGGCUGUCCGAGGGGGACAAUGCCUCCAGGAGCCUCCGUCCAGACACCGAGGAUCCUCCACUUGGGCCGGGUGGCCCUGGAGAGCCAGAUGUGCGAGACGGCUUCAGUGCGACGUUUGAGAAGAUUGUGGAGUCGGAGCUGCUGCGGGGCACCCAGUACAGCAGCCUGGACUCCCUGGACGUGCUGAGCCUCACGGACGAGAGCGACAGCUGUGUCAGCUUCGAGGCCCCUCUCACGCCCCUCAUCCAGCAGCGGGCCCGGGACAGCCCUGAGCUGGGAGCGGGCUUGGGCACUGGGGACAUGGGGUCUGAGGCGGACAUGGGAGCAGCCGGUGGCAGUGGGGCGCUCGGCAGCCCUCUGCGGCGCUCCAUCUCUGGCAGCCGCUCUGAGAAUGUCCUGAGCCGCCUGUCUCUCACGGCGGUGCCCAAUGGCUUCCAUGAAGAUGGACCCCUAGGCCCACGUGGGGACGAGGAGGACGAUGAGGAGGAGGAGGAGGAGGACACGGACAAGCUGCUGAACUCGGCCAGCGACCCCAGCCUGAAGGAUGGCCUGUCGGACUCGGACUCAGAGCUGAGCAGCUCGGAGGGGCUGGAGUCUGGCAGCACAGACCCACUGGCCAACGGGGGCCAGGGCGUCAGUGAGGCUGCCCACCGGCUGGCGCGCCGGCUCUACCACCUGGAGGGCUUUCAGCGCUGUGACGUGGCCCGGCAGCUGGGCAAGAACAACGAGUUCAGCAGGCUGGUGGCUGGGGAGUACCUCAGCUUUUUUGACUUCUCGGGCCUGACUCUGGAUCGAGCGCUCAGAACUUUCCUGAAGGCCUUCCCACUGAUGGGGGAGACGCAGGAGCGUGAGCGGGUCCUGACGCACUUCUCCCGCCGGUACUGCCAGUGUAACCCUGAUGACAGUACUUCAGAAGAUGGGAUCCACACGCUCACCUGUGCCCUGAUGCUGCUCAACACGGACCUGCACGGACAUAACAUUGGCAAGAAGAUGUCCUGCCAGCAAUUCAUUGCCAACUUGGACCAACUGAAUGAUGGCCAAGACUUUGCCAAAGACCUGCUAAAGACCCUUUACAACUCCAUCAAGAAUGAAAAACUGGAAUGGGCCAUUGAUGAAGAUGAGCUGAGGAAAUCACUGUCUGAGCUGGUGGAUGACAAAUUUGGGACAGGCACAAAGAAGGUGACACGGAUCUUGGAUGGUAGCAACCCCUUCCUGGAUGUCCCACAAGCUCUCAGUGCCACUACCUACAAGCAUGGUGUGCUGACCCGGAAGACUCACGCCGACAUGGAUGGCAAGAGGACACCCCGUGGGAGGCGUGGCUGGAAGAAAUUCUACGCGGUGCUCAAAGGGACCAUUCUGUACCUGCAGAAGGAUGAGUACAGGCCUGACAAAGCCCUGUCCGAGGGUGACUUGAAGAAUGCCAUCCGUGUGCACCACGCUCUGGCCACCAGGGCCUCUGACUACAGCAAGAAGUCCAAUGUUCUCAAGCUGAAGACAGCUGACUGGAGGGUCUUCCUCUUCCAGGCACCGAGCAAAGAGGAAAUGCUGUCCUGGAUCCUGAGGAUCAACCUGGUGGCUGCCAUCUUCUCAGCGCCCUCCUUCCCCGCUGCUGUCAGCUCCAUGAAGAAGUUCUGUCGGCCUCUGCUGCCCUCCUGCACCACUCGCCUCUGCCAGGAGGAGCAGCUGCGCUCUCAUGAGAAUAAGCUGAGGCAGGUGACUGCAGAGCUGGCUGAGCACAAGUGUCACCCGGUCGAGCGGGGCAUCAAGUCCAAGGAGGCUGAGGAGAACCGGCUGAAGGAGCAUUAUCUCACGUUUGAGAAAAGCCGUUAUGAGACCUAUAUCCACCUCCUGGCUGUGAAGAUCAAAGUGGGCUCUGAUGACCUGGAGCGGAUUGAGGCCCGGAUGGCCACCCUGGAGGGUGAUGACCCUUCACUCCGCAAGACACACUCGAGCCCUGCCCUCAGCCAGGGCCAUGGGACUGUGACUGGCAACAAAGCCCCGAGGGAUACCACUGGGUCUGAUACUUAG